UCAAACAAUUUUUUAUUAAUGAUUACUUUCAACAGUAUAUGAAAGGAGGGCUGGGCUGGUAAUUUGAAGUGGGAUUAGAAAAAUACUAAAUAUUACAUCUCUCGCUGUAUAUAAAUAUACAAAUAUUUAAUUAUAUAAUGUGGAAACAAUUAAGUAUGGAAUAGGGGACCAAUUGGGAGUUAUAUAUUACUUUAUUGAUGGUGUCAGACUAGGAUUCAUCCAAUCCUGCUCACAACAGACAGCUUGUUUUUCUUUUCAAUCUCUUACCUUUUGUCUUUGCAUUAAACAAUUCUCAACAUUACCUUCUCUCCUAUAUAAGCACCAUAUGGUAUAUCCAUCUUCUUAUUUCUCUAAACAAAUCCCACCAACCCCACAUCUCCCUUUUUUUCUCUCUUCUGUUCAUAUUCUCAUUUCUCUCCAUUGGACAUGGAGGAGAUGAUGGCAGGGAGAGAAGGCUGUAACCCUAAUUCAACCCCAUCACCACUGCCCAUGCACAACCACUCCCACACAAUAUCCAAAGUGAAGCCCAAAAUUCGAAUAAUCCACAUAUUUGCACCAGAGAUCAUCAAGACGGAUGUGGAGAACUUCAGGGAACUGGUGCAGAGGCUGACGGGGAAGCCCAGUGCUGCAGAUAAGGGGUGCAGGAAGAAGAACAUGGCAAGAGGGGUGGUCUGCAACAAGGGUGUGGGGAAGAAGAAGAUGGCGGAGUUUCGGGGUUUGGAGUCGAGGGAGAGGAUCAAGGGGGAAGAACACAUCUGGGGAGGUGAGAAUUCAGGUGGGUUUUUGAGUGGGUUUGGGGAUUUGGAUGGCUUCAUGCAAGAAUUUGGAGAAUUCCCAUUACUCCCACUGGAUGUUUCUGCAACUCACAUGCAUGGUUUUGGAGAAGCCCAACUCUCCUAGAAUAACAAAGAUGGUGCUUAAUUUCAGGCUUCCGUUGCUGGGUUUAUGGAUGUAAAUACCAGGGUCUAGCAUAUAGUUUUUGACGGUUUUUCUUUUUGGGGGUGAGGGUUUGCACUGAAUUUCAUAUGUCUAUGGCUCUUCAUUUGAACAUCUUCUUAUUACAAGUAACCGAAUACAUAAAUUUAUUUUUCAA